UGCCGGCGCCAGUGCGCAUACGCCCCGAGUGCGAGUGCGAGUGCGAGUGCGACCCACUGCCGCUUCCACUCCCACUCCGUUCCCACUCGCGCCCGUCCUUUCCCCACUCGCGCCAGCCAGCCAGCCAGCCAUCGCCCGCCCGCUUGCUUCCCCGACUUGUCUACUCCCACCACCACCGUCCGCGCCAUUUCGCUCUCUGACUCGAUCCUCCUCCCUCUCCUCUCGCUUUCGCCUUUGUGCCGGCGUGCGCGCUUAUCUGCUGGAGCGGGUCCGGACGGCGACGGGGGGGUGGGAGCCGGGGCAUCCAGCCAAAGCCAGCUCCCGAUCGAGCAGGAACCGGUCGCGUCGCCGCCUUGCUAGCGGUGGUAGGUGGGUCGCCUGGCAGCCAGCCGGCGCCAGAAUCGCUUCUGGUUCUUGACCUCGCCGCCCCGACGCGACGGGACACGGAAUUGGUGGUGGGUCCAUGCCUCCUCCUCCUCCCCCUUCCCCUCGGCACCGGCAGGAGCGCCGCGGGUGCGGCUGCUGGGCGGUCCUCGCGCGGGGCCUGCGGGGCUCCUGCUUCCGCCCGGCGGCGGCCACCGCGGCCGCCGCGCCGGCCGGAGCCGCGGUCAAAGGCGGCCAUGUCUACGACGCAGCGGAGAUGAGAUACCUAAACUCUAGCAAUCGAGAUCUUGCAGAUCAUUUUCAGAGGAAGCUUGGUGACGAAAAUGGUGUUGACACAUCAAUUGAGAAUAAAAUAUCACCCAAGCUACUUGAAUUCACUUUCCAAGAGCUGAAAUCUGCCACAGUUAACUUUAGACCAGACAGUAUUCUCGGAGAAGGUGGAUUUGGGUAUGUCUUCAAGGGGUGGAUUGAGCCGAACAGCACAGCUCCUGCAAAACCUGGCACUGGUCUGACUGUGGCUGUCAAAAGUCUGAAGGAAAAUGCUCUUCAAGGUCAUAGAGAAUGGGUGGCGGAAGUUGACUUUCUGGGACAGCUGCAUCACAAACAUCUUGUUAAGCUGAUUGGAUACUGUAUUGAGGAUGACCAAAGGCUGCUUGUGUAUGAAUUCAUGGCACGGGGAAGUCUAGAAAAUCAUCUUUUCAGAAGGACUCUUCCCCUACCUUGGCCGUGCAGGAUGAAGGUUGUUCUCGGGGCUGCUAAAGGUCUAGCCUUCCUACAUGUUGGUCCCAAACCAGUUAUUUACAGAGAUUUUAAGACAUCAAAUAUUCUUAUCGAUGCGGAGUACAAUUCUAAACUUUCAGAUUUUGGGCUGGCAAAAGCUGGUCCUCAAGGUGAUAAAACCCAUGUGUCUACUCGGGUUCUUGGCACCUAUGGCUACGCUGCACCUGAGUAUGUAAUGACAGGCCACUUAACGACCAAGAGCGACGUAUAUAGCUUCGGAGUCGUGUUACUCGAGGUGCUGACUGGCAGGAGAUCGGUGGACAAGAAGCGGCCCCCGGGGGAGCAGAACCUAGUCGCGUGGGCGAGGCCUUAUCUGAGCGACAGGCGAAGGCUCUAUCAGCUCGUAGACCCUCGCCUGGGACUGAACUAUUCCGUCAGAGGAGUUCAGAAGGUUGCCCAGAUCUGCCACCACUGCCUCAACCGUGACAGCAAGUCGCGCCCAAUGAUGGAUGAGGUCGUCAAGCAUCUGACGCCGUUGCAGGACCUUAACGACAUGGCCGCCGCGUCAUAUAGGCCCCGGUCAUCACCCCGCGGAAAGGCGCGGCGGUGAUUGCCAUCUGAUACGACAGAAAAGGCAUUUCUGUGAUUUCUUGGCAUUGUUGGAUGCUGGUCUUGUAUUAACUGUACAGAAAAGAAAUUGGGCUCCAUGUCCAUCACCGAAAAUUGGAGCUCUCACACCCAUGUCUCGCUUAGAUCAAUCACGCUGUUUUUGCCCGUUGCCUAAGCGAAUCGACGACAUUGUCUGAUUGUGAUAUGCUGUAAUAAUAACGAGUUAAUAUCUGAUUGGUGUAUGAUAA